AUGAAAAUGGAGAGAAGUCUCUAUCUAAAUGGCAAACCAUUGAUAAAUCCUCCAUUGACAAUUGAAGAACAAUUGAAUGAAAGACUCGAUAGAACAGGAUACAAAAUUGAUGAUUUAAAUAGAUUGAAUGAAAAACCAGUUUUACAAAUAGUACUUAUUCAAUUUAUGGACUAGAUAGAUCUUGAUGGUCUAACAUCCGGUUACUUGAACAACAAUCCCGUAUUCUAGAUGUUGAAGCAGGAAAUAAUGAAUUGGAAUGAAAAGGUGACACUUCAUAGAGCUGAACAGAUCAAAUUAUCAGAUCCAUUAGUUUCUGACAAUCUUUAUAGAUAACUCAAGAAUUCUCUAUUAGAAGUAGUGAGUACAAGGAACAAAAUAUAAUAAUAAGCUUUCUUAAAUAAAGUAUCUAACUGGUUCUUCUCUUAAUUACCAAAAUCUUAAACUGCGUCAUUGAAACAAUCUCUACUGGAGAAAAAGGACUCUACUCUUCACUUUAUUCCUAAUACAUACAGUGAAAAUUUCUAUGCCUCUGGAAUUGAAGAUUACACUCUUAAAUUUCGAUCAGUCCAUCCAGAAUUUGAUCCUCCUGAAGAUAGAGUUAAAACUUAUCAAAGAAAAAACCUAUUAUCAGAUACAAGUACUCGUCCUGGAACGACGCCAGGAGUCUUAGGAAUUUCACAAUUUACUAGACCUUAAACUUCUUAAACUACUUAUAAAAUGAUUGAUCAAAUCGAAAAACUAUAAAGACCCAAAACUAACUAAUUACAUACAAUUCCAAAAUAGUAAUAAUCUUGGAUGUACGAUCCCAAUUUUCCAGUCUUCUAAACUAAUGAUGAUUAACAAUAACAGUCUACUAGAAGAUAAAUACAAAGGGAAGAGUCCCCUUUAAAAGCUGACAAACCAACUGAUAGAGAUAAAUUAGAGAGGAUGAAGAUUAAUCCCCAGACAAUUAGAAGAAUCAAACAAAAAUCUAGCAUCUUAACAAGAAGUCUCACCAAUAAAAAGGGUAUUGCCCCUACAAAUAAAACCUAUAAAACAGAUAUUGAGACUUAAAAUGCCUAUUCAAUUGGAUAGUAGGGUAGAUUAGGAGAAUUUUAAGGUACAUUUCACAAUUAUGAUCCUACUCAAAUCGAAGAUAAAAUGGUAGCGGCUAGGCUAAAUUAAUAUUAUACUGAAUAAAGAAUUAAAGAGGUCAAAGAAUAAAGGGAAGAUAUUGAAAUGGUUUAAUCAAUGAAAAACUGGGCAACUAAUAAAAGUAGAGUUGAUGAAAUGGUACUACAAUCUGAAUAUUUAACUGCCAUGGGAUCACAAUAUUCGAAUGUUGGAAUUAAAAUUUCUGAUUUAUAUGAAUCUAAAAAAAUGGAUUUGGCAGAAGAAAAAGCUUAUGCCAAUUAUCUUAAAAAAUCCUCUUUGCCUAAAGCAAGAAUGGUACAGAGUGCUGUUCCCAUGGCAAAGGUAGUUCAAAACACUGUCAUUCCAACUUAAGUGGAAGAAGAGGCGGAAGAUUUUUAAAGCAAAUAAGCAGAUCUUGAAAAGUAAAUUAAUUCAAAAAGACUUCGCUUGUUGAAGAUGUCAAGAGGAUCUUGUCUACCAGGUGGACUUAUGAAUAAUCCUAAUGAAGAAACUAUUUAAAGUAAUAGGGUUAUGUCUUCUAGUUGCUUUAAGAGUGCCUAACCUAGAAGACAAUUUAGUUCAAUUCUAAAAACACAUAGUAUUAAGUAGGAAAUGGACUCUUAGAUUGGAGAAAUUAAACAAUUAAAAAAUAGAUUAGCAUCUGCUAAUAAAUUUGUCCCAAUUAAUAUUCUUUAAAAAUCUAUAAUGAUACCUCAAGGACAUGCAAAUCCUUAUAAAGUACCUCUACCAAAGCCAGGAAUUCUCUUAGCGAACGUUCCAGUUGAUUCAAAACAAAGAAAAGGUAAAAAAAAGAAGACAUAAAAAUGA